AUGGAUUCCGAAACAAUCAUCUCACAUGGUUCACCACCAAUCUUCAAUGGUGAAAACUAUGAAACUUGGGCCAUUAGAAUGACAGUUUAUUUGGAGGCAUUAGAUCUUUGGGAAGUUGUGGAAGAAAAUUAUGUUGUUCCUGACUUGCCUGCAAAUCCAACAGUAGCCCAACUAAAGAUUCACAAGGAAAAGAAGACAAGAAAAUCCAAGGCUGAAGCUUGCUUAUAUGCUGCAGUGUCAAAUACAAUAUUAACAAGAAUCAUGAAUUUUGAAUUUGCAAAAGAUAUUGGGGACUAUCUUAAAAAAGAAUAUCAAAGCAAUGAAAGAACUAAAAAUAUGCAGGUUAUUAACUUAAUCAGAGAAUUUGAAAUGCACAAGAUGAAGAAAACUGAAAUUAUCAAAGAUUAUGCUGAUAUAUUGCUAAGCAUAAUAAACAAAGUAAGAUUACUUGGAAAUGAAAUUUCUGAUGACAGAAUUGUGCAGAAAAUUCUGGUCACUAUGCCUGAAAAAUAUGAGUCUAAGAUUUCUUCAUUAGAGUCAGAAGACAUAAACGAUAUUUCUCUUGAAGAAUUUGUAAAUGCACUGCGGGCACAAGAGUAG